UCGACUACAGGAACAACUAUAGUUUAAUUGAGCGAACUAUUGGCUCAACUGUCAUUUUCAGUCUAGCAAAGUCACGUUGUCAGCCUGAUCAAACUCUUUUUGUCUUCUGCUUUCAACCGAAACGGUCGAAUUUCUCUGAGCUCCUACGGUAAGCAAUAACUGCAUCGAAUAUGUCUGACUACGGAGAAUCCACUUUUGAGCCUGGCUACGAUAAUUCAGAGUCUCAUCAGCUGCAAGACGCAGGUCAAGGUGAGCAAAUCGAAGAUGCUGCCUGGGAGGAGGACGAUAUGAAUGGCUUCCAACAGUCGGCCAUCAAUGACUGGCCCGAAAUUAAGCUAUUCGGUCGCUGGAGCUGCGAUGAAAUCACAAUUAGUGACAUUUCGCUGCAAGAUUACAUUGCUGUCAAGGAGAAGUUCGCUCGCUAUUUGCCGCACUCGGCUGGACGCUAUGCAGCCAAACGUUUCCGCAAGGCCCAGUGCCCAAUUGUGGAGCGUCUGACUUGCGGCCUAAUGAUGAAGGGACGCAGCAAUGGCAAGAAGCUGCUCGCUUGUCGCAUCGUCAAGCAUGCUUUCGAAAUUAUCCACUUGUUGACCGGUGAGAAUCCGCUGCAGCUCACGGUCAAUGCCAUUGUUAACGCUGGGCCACGCGAGGACUCCACGCGCAUCGGACGCGCUGGCACUGUGCGUCGUCAGGCCGUCGACGUAUCGCCAUUGCGUCGCGUUAAUCAGGCCAUCUGGUUGAUCUGCACAGGCGCACGAGAGGCUGCUUUUCGCAAUAUCAAGACCGUUGCCGAGUGCCUGGCCGACGAGAUGAUCAAUGCAGCCAAGGGCUCAUCCAACUCUUAUGCUAUCAAGAAGAAGGAUGAACUCGAGCGCGUGGCCAAAUCUAAUCGUUAAAUGCUAAUUUAACAUGCCAAAACAGAAAAACCAAAAUCAAACAAAAAACGAAUUGAAUUUAAAAC